AUCUCCCUCUCUUUGAUCAAUCGAGACUGGGAGCGUUGAAGAAUGGCUGCCAUUCCUGACAACAUCGGCAACAACCACAACCCUGCUCUUGAUCCAGAUACGGAUGCUCCGGACAAUCCGGGUCACGAGUUCGCCCAGUUCGGAGCCGGGUGCUUCUGGGGAGUGGAGCUGGCGUUUCAGCGAGUGGUCGGGGUGGUGAGGACGGAGGUUGGGUACUCCCAGGGUCACGUCCCGGAUCCUAACUACGAGCUGGUGUGCUCCGGAACCACCAACCACGUGGAGGUGGUGCGUGUCCAGUUCGACCCGGAAGUUUGCCCCUACACCAAUCUGCUCUCUCUCUUUUGGGCUCGCCACGAUCCCACAACCCUGGAUCGCCAGGGUGGUGAUGUGGGAUCACAAUAUCGAUCGGGAAUAUACUACUACAAUGAGACCCAGGCUCGUUUAGCCCAGGAAUCAAAGGAAGCUAAGCAGUUGGAGUUGAAGGAUAACAAGAUUGUGACAGAAAUUCUUCCAGCGAAGAGAUUUUACAGGGCGGAGGAGUAUCAUCAACAAUAUCUGGAAAAGGGAGGACGUGGAGGCUUAAAUCAGUCUGCUGAAAAGGGUUGCACUGACCCUAUCAGAUGCUACGGUUGACAAGUAAGUAUGAUGCUGUGAUUGGAACUCUGACAUAUGUUGGUGUUCUUGCUUGGAACCUCUUAAAAAGGUCAGUUAUGGUUAUUGUUAUGUGUAUAUUAUGCAUUGAAGGCAUUGUAGUUAUAUUAUCCUGUGUGUAAGUUGCAAUCGUUCUCUUGGAGUUUUUUUUUUUUUUUUUAAAUGGGUCAAUGGAUGACUACCAAUAAAGUAUUAUUUGAUAA